AUGAUUUUAGGUCUGCCUGUUGGCAAGCACAUCGUCAUCUACGGCCCCAACCCGCCAAGUGCCAUCUCCUCUAAGAAUUGGAACGGCAAGCCUGAUGCCGACAAGGGCAAGCCAGAGAUAGACAGGAAGUACACGCCGGUGACUGGAAAUGAAGCUCCAGGUUAUGUUGAUCUGGUAAUCAAGAUCUACCGCCCGGGCAAAGUCAAAAUGCCCGAUGGCAAGGAGAUCAACUGGGAUGACGGUGGCAAGAUGGGCCUCUACCUAGACAGCAAAAAGCCCGGAGACUGGAUCGAGAUUGGAGGUCCCCUGGGUGUCAACGAGUAUCUAGGGCGCGGUAUCUUCAAACUUCCUGGCAAGACUGUGACGGUCAAGCAUGUGGGGAUGAUGGCAGGUGGAACUGGCUUGACUCCCAUGCUUCAGGUUGUCCAAGCUGCUCUGCGCGAUGCGGGGGAUACCUGCAACUUCUACUUGAUCUAUGCCAACAAGACCGAGAAUGAUAUCUUGUGUCGAGACAUCUUGGACGACAUUGCCAGGAACAGCAAAGGUCGCUUUAAGCUCUACUACACGCUGGACUUUCCGCCAGCAAACUGGGAGCACAAGACCGGGUUUAUCACGACUGAUAUGCCCCGCCUGCAUGUUUUAAAGUUGUCAAAAAGAGACAUGACUCUUGUUAUUGUAAUCCGCGCUUCAGGAGAGACCUUCAGGUUCCGUUGUUUUGGAAACUCUGAUUACUUGGGGCAUGCGGUUCAGUCGCUCUGUUGCGCACUUGAUGAGUGUUGA